AUGUCGGACGGCCCUAUUACGCCUCCCAAGCCUGCAGUGGUGCACGAAGCACACGAGGUCGAUACUUUCCACGUCCCCAAGGCAUUCCAUGACAAGCACCCCACCGGCACCCACAUUAAGGAUAUCGACGAGUACAAGAAGCUUUAUGAAGAAUCAAUCAAGAGCCCCGAUACUUUCUGGGCCCGCAUGGCCCGCGAACUCCUCACAUUCGACAAAGAUUUCGAAACCACACACCACGGUUCCUUCGAGAACGGCGACAAUGCCUGGUUCGUCGAAGGUCGCUUGAACGCAUCUUUUAACUGCGUCGAUCGCCAUGCCCUGAAGAACCCCGAUAAGGUUGCCAUUAUUUAUGAGGCCGAUGAGCCCAAUGAAGGUCGCAAGAUUACCUACGGAGAGCUUAUGCGCGAGGUGUCUCGGGUCGCCUGGACUCUCAAAGAGCGUGGUGUCAAGAAGGGUGACACGGUCGGCAUCUACCUCCCCAUGAUUCCCGAGGCCGUGAUCGCUUUCCUAGCUUGCUCGCGUAUUGGUGCCGUGCACUCCGUUGUCUUUGCUGGCUUCUCCUCCGACUCCCUCCGGGAUCGUGUCUUGGACGCCUCCUCCAAGGUCGUUAUUACCUCCGACGAGGGAAAGCGCGGUGGCAAGAUCAUCGGCACUAAGAAGAUUGUCGACGAGGCUAUGAAGCAGUGCCCCGAUGUGCACACCGUGCUGGUGUAUAAGCGCACCGGUGCCGAGGUGCCCUGGACCGCUGGCCGUGAUAUUUGGUGGCACGAGGAGGUCGAGAAGUACCCCAACUACCUCGCCCCUGAGCCGGUCAACUCCGAGGACCCUCUCUUCUUGCUCUACACUUCCGGUUCAACCGGCAAGCCCAAGGGUGUUAUGCACACCACUGCGGGCUACUUGCUCGGUGCUGCCAUGACUGGAAAGUACGUUUUCGAUAUCCACGAUGAUGAUCGCUACUUCUGCGGCGGUGAUGUCGGUUGGAUUACUGGUCACACCUAUGUCGUGUACGCCCCUCUAUUGCUUGGCUGUGCCACCGUUGUGUUCGAGAGCACACCCGCCUACCCUAACUUCUCCCGCUACUGGGAUGUCAUUGACAAGCACGACGUCACACAAUUCUAUGUUGCACCCACCGCCCUGCGUCUGUUGAAGCGCGCUGGAGAUGAGCACAUUCACCACAAGAUGCACAGUCUGCGUAUUCUUGGCUCAGUUGGAGAACCUAUUGCUGCGGAAGUCUGGAAGUGGUACUUCGAGUCUGUCGGCAAGGAGGAAGCUCACAUUUGCGACACAUACUGGCAAACCGAGACCGGCUCAAACGUCAUCACCCCUCUCGGUGGUAUUACCCCCACAAAGCCCGGCAGUGCUUCCCUCCCCUUCUUCGGUAUCGAGCCUGCCAUUAUUGACCCCGUCUCUGGAGAGGAGAUUCUUGGCAAUGAUGUCGAGGGUGUUUUGGCCUUCAAGCAGCCGUGGCCCAGCAUGGCCCGCACCGUGUGGGGUGCCCACAAGCGUUAUAUGGACACUUACUUGAAUGUGUACAAGGGUUACUACUUCACUGGAGAUGGUGCCGGCCGUGACCACGACGGCUACUACUGGAUCCGCGGUCGUGUGGAUGAUGUCGUCAACGUUUCUGGACAUCGUCUGUCCACCGCCGAGAUCGAGGCCGCUCUUAUCGAGCAUCCUGCUGUUGCCGAGGCUGCUGUCGUUGGUAUCGCCGACGAGCUGACCGGCCAGGCUGUCAAUGCCUUUGUCUCUCUCAAGGAGAACCAUCCUACCACAGAGCAGAUCAACAAGGAUCUUGCCAUGCAAGUUCGCAAGUCCAUUGGCCCCUUCGCCGCCCCCAAGGCCGUCUUCGUUGUGGAUGACCUCCCCAAGACCCGCAGUGGCAAGAUCAUGCGCCGUAUCCUGCGAAAGAUCCUCAGUGGCGAGGAGGACAGCCUUGGUGAUACAUCAACGCUCUCCGAUCCCAGUGUCGUGGACAAGAUCAUCGAAACCGUCCACGUCGCCCGCCGCAAGUAA